CGUAUCAACUGACAAACGAAUACUCCUCUGAACACACAUCCUUUCCCAGCCAGCACGCUACACCAGUCACCAGUGGUGAGUUGGGCAGAGAGGCGUACGUUCGGACUCUGUACGGCUCUGCUGCACUAUUAUCAUACAUCACAAUGGACACUGCAGUGAUUGGCCAUCACCCAAAAUGUUUCAAAGUCGACAAACGUUGUUACUGUACAAGCAGCCAGCCUCUUCUGCUACCUCCCAUGGAAGGUCACCAGAGUUUACCCUCGCAGAUGUUAGGCCACCAUCCUGAGUGCUACGGUGCUGAAUUCGGGUGCCGCUGCCGCAAUAAGGCGCCGCUACAGCUGCCACCUGAAGCUCCCAUAGGUUCUGACAAGCUGUCUGUGGAGCAAGUGAAAAGUUUAUAUGGUCUGCUGCCGAGGGCAGCGUCUGUGCCUAGUGCGGCAGCUCAGCAAGGCGUUAACGUCAACGGAAUGGUUCCCGGCCCACGUCCUGUUCAGGGCGUUCAACAUGGUCAACCUCCUCACAGUGUUCAACAGGGUCAGCUACCUUACAGUGUUCAACGUGGUCAGCCACUUCACAGUGUUCAACACGGUCAGCCACCUCACAGUGUUCAACCUGGUCAGCCACCUCACAGUGUUCAACACGGUCAGCCACCUCACAGUGUUCAACAGGGUCAGCCACCUCACAGUGUUCAACACGGUCAGCCACCUCACAGUGUUCAACAGGGUCAGCCACCUCACAGUGUUCAACACGGUCAGCCACCUCACAGUGUUCAACAGGGUCAGCCACCUCACAGUGUUCAACGUGGUCAGCCACCUCAUAGUGUUCAACAUGGUCAGCCACCUCACAGUGUUCAACAUGGUCAGCCUGGUCAGCACAGUGUUCAACACGGUCAGCCACCUCACAGUGUUCAACAUGGUCAGCCACCUCAUAGUGUUCAACAUGGUCAGCCACCUCACAGUGUUCAACACGGUCAGCCACCUCACAGUGUUCAACAUGGUCAGCCUCCUCACAGUGUUCAACAUGGUCAGCCAAUUCACAGUGUUCAACAUGGUCAGCCAUCUCACAGUGUUCAACAUGGUCAGCCUCCUCACAGUGUUCAACAUGGUCAGCCUCCUCACAGUGUUCAACGUGGUCAGCCACCUCACAGUGUUCAACAUGGUCAGCCAAUUCACAGUGUUCAAUAUGGUCAGCCACCUCACAGAUUUCAGCCUGGUCAGCACAGUGUUCAACAGGGUCAGCCACCUCACAGUGUUCAACAUGGUCAACCACCUCACAGAGUUCAGCCUAGUCAGCCACCUCACAGUGUUCAACAUGAUCAGCCACCUCAUAGUGUUCAACACGGUCAGCCACCUCACAUUGUUCAACCCGGUCAGCCACUUCACAAUGUUCAACAUGGUCAGCCUCCUCACAGUGUUCAACCUGGUCAGUCGCCUCACAGUGUUCAACAUAGUCAGCCUCCUCACAGUGUUCAACCUGGUCAGCCUCCUCACAGUGUUCAACCUGGUCAGCCUCCUCACAGUGUUCAACGUGGUCAGCCACCUCACAGUGUUGCGUGCAGGCCCACUAUGCAGACUGUGCUUACGAGGCAACCUGCGCAAAAUGUUCUCAGCAGUCCACCCGUGCAGAAUAUUCGUUUAAGUCAAUCUGCACAAAGUAUUUCCAGCAGACCACCUAUACAGAAUGUGAUCUUCAGACCACCUGUGCAGAAUAUUCCAUACAGACCAACCAUACAGAAUGUGCCCUCCAGACCAUACGUGCAGAAUGAGUAUUCCGGGCCACACAUGCAGAAUAUCCAUUCUAGACUAUCCACGCAGACUCCCUUAAGUCAGUCUGCACAGCAUGUUUCCACCAGACAAUCUAUAGUGAACGCUCCUCAAAGUCAGUUCCAACGAAACAUCCUCCACAGUCAGACUAAGCAACAGGUCUUUGAUGUGAAGCCUGAACAUCGCAGGCUGCUUGACCAAGCAGCACAACAGACAUAUUACAGCUACGAAGCCCAACACGAAGCUUACAAACAACUUGUAAGACAAUAUACUCAAGAUAAAGGAAGACUAAGUGGGGCCCGUAUCAGAGGGUAGGUUUGAAGCAGUAGGGGGAGAACAGUAACCCUUAAACUAGGUAAACGUCUCCAGCUAAACAGGAUUGUACAUUAUAGCCUAAAUUUCAGUGUUAAUAUCGAUAUAACUAAGCCCAAGUUCAUUCUUAUCAUAGAUAUUUCUAUCAUCAUCUGCAAUAAUAAUAAUGUAUUCAAUAAAAAAAGUACAUAGUUUAGAAACAUUAUGAAUUAGGUUUUGUAGAGCAUUAUGAUGUUGAAUUUACCAGGAAGUUCCUUGUACGUAACAUAAUACGAAAAUAUAUAUAUAUAUAUAUAUAUAUAUAUAUAUAUAUAUAUAUAUAUAUAUAUAUAUAUAUAUAUAUAUAUAUAUAUAUAUAUAUAUAUUGUUUAAUGUAUAUAUGGUGUAUUGGAAUAGUUUAGUUUCAGGAGCAUAAUUAUUGUGUUAAUAUAUGUUAAGACUAACACUAAUAGUUAUGAAGUAACAAAUAAUACUGCAACAGCAAAAGCAUGAUAGCCUCAUACAACAUCAGUUAGGCAGCAACAGGAAUGAAGGGAGAAAUUACUCUGUCAUACCAAGGAUAUUCACAAUGACAAAGAUAAAGGUGUUUCUUAUGCUCAAUUAUAUGCAGAAACAGAACAAUUAGACGUGAGGACAGAGCGUACUAAAUUAGACUCAUACAAUUAAAAGUUAAUUGAUAUACACCUACUAUAUAGUCAUAAUGGUUUAGCACGUUCUCCUCAUAUAAUUACCUGACCUUGAUAUUAACUUAAUUAUUAGUUAAGUGCUUAUUAUAAGGUAUAACAGGUACGCCAGUCUUUCAUAAGGUAUGGAAGACCUUAUGCAAUGCACGUGUGCCAAAUCUCUAUGCAUAACGCCAGGGUUGAAUACAUUAAUGUUCACAACUGUUUAUAUUAUGUUAUCUUAAUAACCCCUAACGUGUGUUUUAUAAUAUUUGUAUUCAUAUAGGGCUAUAUAUAUACUUAUGUUUAGUAUACCUUCAUAAUACUCUUCAUUCAAGUGUCAUUUCCAAGGUAAAUGCUUAUUUAUAACACAUAGGAAUUGUAUAUAAUAUUUACCUUGCUGCUUAUAUGAACUCCGAAGAAUAAAUAAAUGUUCUCGUAAGCAACACAAAC